GGUGCAUGAUGUAAAAUAGCGUUUCUAUCCGCACUUCUGUUCCCGCUCGCCUUAAUGGUUCCUCCCGGAUACCUAGAUUUCCGAAGCCUCCUCGGGAAACUGAGAGGUCGUUUUGGGCUUAGUUGACCCUGGAUGAGGCCUAGGUGGUCAGGACCGUAACUACCAUGAAUGUUAUCCACUUGGUGCGAGAUCACUGGCCUCUUGCACUGUGUCCCCUAGGAUUCUUGGUGGGAUGGUACUUUGACAAGAAGAAUGAUGAGAAAAUGGCAAUAUUCAGAAAUAAGAGCAAACUAUAUCAAAGGGAAUUGAAACCUGGUGAAGAUGCUAUAUGGAAAUAAUGUGUCAAACUGCUUCUCCUACAGUUUGUUUGAAUAAGUGAUUGUUCCAUAAUGAAAAUAGAAUUUAGUCUUACCUUUGUUCAAAGUAUGAUUACUAAAAAACUAUAUAGCCCCAACUAUAUAAUGUAAUUCAAACAUAUAAUUUGAAGUACGGGUGAUAGCAUUAAGCAGGUUGGUACAGAAUGUUCCUGAGAAACUGUCUAUCAGACCCUGAACAGUUAGCUUCAGAGGCUAUAGUUACAUCCUGUAAACCAUAGAAUUGUAGUUGGUAGGGAUCGGAAAUUAUGUAUGUUUUCUGCAUAAAUUCUUCUGGAUUUCUUCCUUGACAAUUGAUAAGAUCUUUUUGUGCAUUUAAAUAAAAGUACUUUGAGACAGAUUUAAAA